GCGCCUAUGGAUGGAAGAGUGGGUGAGAGGUGUGGGAGAGUGGGUGAGAGGUUGAGAGAGAGAGAGAGAGAGAAAGAGAGGGAGAGAGAGAGAGAGACAGACAGACAGACAGAGAGAGAGAGAGAGCAAGAGAGAGAGCAAGAGAGAGAGAGAGAGAGAGAGAGAGAGAGUGAGAGAGAGAGAGAGAGAGGAUGCCUAGCUUGUACCCGGAUUGCCCAUCAACGACGGACCGUUCAAGAGAGAGGACGAGAGUGUGGGUGAGAGGAUAGGAGA